AACAGAGAGAGAUGGCAGAGGAGGGUUUUCAGGUGGCAAUGAUAUGCUGGUCACUUGUGUUGAUUGGUAUAACCAGUGUCUUAAUGCGAUUGGUUAAGGAGAUGUGGCUGAAGCCUGCAAGGAUUCGAUCAGUGCUUUGGAGGCAAGGCAUCAGAGGGCCAGCACCCUCCUUCAUUUUUGGUAAUGUUUCAGAGAUGAAGAAGAUUCAAUCCAGCAAUAUCAACAUCAAUCAGAAACCAUCUGGUGUUAAACGAGUGCAGCACAACUGUCCCUCAUUCUUUCCUUAUCUUCAGCAAUGGGAGCAGCAGUAUGGUCAAGUAUACAUGUACUCAACAGGGAGCAAGCAACACUUGUAUGUGAGCGAUCCCAAGCUGUUAAGGGAGCUGAAACUGCACAACUCCUUGGAUUUGGGCAGACCUACAUAUCUGAGUAAGCCAAUGCAGCCAUUGCUAGGUGACAGCGUUAUCCGGGCCAACGGAGAAGAAUGGGCAUACCAGAAGAAAAUCAUUGCUCCUGAAUUCUUCCUCGACAAGGUUAAGGGCAUGGUGGGUCUGAUGGAGGAAUCUACAAAGACAAUAAUUAAGAAAUGGGAGAGCCGUAUACUAGAAAGUGAGGAGGGCAUCGAGGACAUAACAAUUGAUGAGGAUUUGAAAAGCCUCUCUGCUGAUAUCAUAUCAAGAGCUUGUUUUGGCAGCUCUUACUCCCAAGGCAACCAGAUUUUUGCAAAGAUUGCUGCCCUCCAGGACACCUUGUCCCAUCCAAGUUUGCUCUUUGGCUUUCUCAAUUUUAGAUUCCUUCCCACAGAAAAUGACAAGAAGGUAAGGAGUUUAAAGAAAGAGGUGGACGCUUUGUUGCUCAAAUUAGUGAGGGAUCGUCAAGCUGAAAGCCAAUUGUGUGGCACAUCAGAAAAGGACUUAUUACAAAUGAUACUUGAAAGUGCUGCUUCUAGCACUGAAAUGCCUAGCCACAAAACAGACCAAUUUAUUCUGGACAAUUGCAGAACUAUCUACUUUGCAGGAUCUGAGACCACUGCUCUUGCAGCAUCCUGGACCUUGAUGCUAUUGGCAUUACAACCCGAAUGGCAAGAUCGUGUUCGUGCUGAGAUUUUUGAGGUCUGUGGGGAUGAUGAUCGACUGCAUCAUUGCCUGCAAGACAUGGACACCUUACGCAAAUUGAAAAUGCUAACAAUGGUGAUUCAAGAGAGCCUGCGGCUUUAUGGACCGGGAGUCAUAAUGGCAAGGGAAGCUCUUACAAACAUGAAGUUGGGGGGCUUGGAUGUGCCAGAAGGCAUCCACAUAUGGACAUUCAUUCCAACACUGCACCGUGACCCCGAAAAUUGGGGUUCAGAUGCUGAUGAGUUUAAGCCAGAGAGGUUUGAAAAUGGGGUAUCCGAAUCGUGCAAGUAUCCCCAAGCAUACAUGCCAUUUGGUUAUGGGAGCCGAUUGUGCAUGGGCCAGACAUUUGCCAUGCUGCAGCUGAAGAUAGUGCUCUCCCUCAUUCUGUCCAAGUUCUCAUUUUCCCUUUCUCCAAAUUAUCAACAUUGCCCUGUUUACAAAAUUUUGCUGCUGCCUCAACAUGGAAUCAAACUCCUUGUUAGGCGUGUGCAAUGAAG